UUUUUUAACCUCCACGCUUACUCUUUUGUGUCGUGUCAAAGCAACUUUGAUUCAAUAAAGUACAGUCCAGUCCAACAAUGUCUGGAGAAACCCCACCUACAGUCUCCGGUCGAUUUCAAUCACAUAAAAAGUUUCCCGGAUCCUCAAUGUCUCCCGGCUCUAAUCAUUCCCCUAAUGGCGGUCGAGGUGGUCACCACAACCGUUCCCGCGUAUUGAUGAGUAAAGUAUCAGCACCACGUCCUAUCAACCUUCCCAGCUUACGUCGAGAAAACGCAGCCGGUGGCGACUGGUCAGCCUCUUCUGGAGGUGGAGGCGGAGCACCAGGAACGAACAACAGCACAUCAUCGACGUCCGGUAAUAAUCAUACAGGUGGAACAAGUGGUGGUGGAUGGGGAACUUCGCCUUCCAUGUCACCAUUCUCGACACCGCAAAAGUGGGAUCACAAUAACGCUGCCAGCGAAAAGCCAGAGUGGCAAACAACAAGCAGUCCUGAAUUACAAUCACUAUCACCACCCGCCGUCCACAAGUCAUCUUUGUCACCGCCACAAUCGUCAUCUUCCACACACGCCCCUGCCACCUCCUCGACUUCUUCUUCUCCAGGCAGUCCUCCGUACCAAGGUACAGCCUCACGUGUUUGGGCUGCUGUAUCCACAACCUCAACGCCAACAUUGUCGGCCAAAUUUCCCACAGCUGCUGAGACUGCUACACCGGAAAGUACUGCGACAACUACCACUGGUGCGGAUAAAAGUCCAAAAUCUGAUAAACAGCAACAGCAACAGCAGGUACGUGUACACUUGUCCAAUUUCCCCGUGUGUAAUCCGUUAAAUUGAGGAUGUCAUAAGAAUGCAAGCGCAGGCUACUGACUGUUUAUUAUCUGUGAUAAAGCAGAGUGAAAUCAAACCUGCU